GUGACGAUGACCUUAUUUUUUUAUAGUGGUCGCAUCGUUUGACGUUAUUUGGUCCUCCUCUUGGUCGGUUCACUUCGUGGGUGUUGAGGCGUCGAGUGGUGCACGCUUGAUUUUCUGUAGCGUCGAGAGAGAGAGAGGAGUUCAUUAGGAUUCUCCGAGUUUGUUCUCGCAGAAUAUUAGCUAUUACAGCGUCGAUUUUAGGGAGUUUCGUUGACGGGAGGAUUUGGGACCUCAAGCUUUCGUAGCUUGAGUUCAAUCCUCCCAGGUAAAUGUAGACUAGGUCUUGUUCUGCCAUCUUCUGUAGUUCUUCUGUGUCAGUUAUUGGAGGGAAAUAGUUUUGCAGUUCUUUCCAUCUGGUUAGAACUUCUGUUGCAUAUUCUGAGCUGUUUUUGGUACCUUGUGUGAUUUGCGAUAAUUCUUGCUUGAGAUUGAAAAUGUGUGUGAAAUUUUGUUGAUGGCCAUACAGCCCUUUCGUUUUUUUUUUUCCAAAUCGCCUUUGAUGAUUCUAGAAGCAUGCAGAGCCUGGAAAUUUGGGGCUUCAUUGUGCUGGUGAGCAACGACAUGACCAUGUUGUUUGUCGUUUGCCACUCUUCCAAUUUUUCUACUUCAUAUUCUAUCGGAGCUUCUAGCCUUUCUGGUUUGGAUUUUUAUUUUGUUCCUGUGAUGAAACCUAAUUUUCUUCUGCCACUGAGACUAAUAUACACAGAUUUUGACCAUUCGAAGUAAUUUUGAUUGCCUUUCAGAAUGAUGUUGGUUAGUUUAUGUUCAUUUUGAGACAUGAUUGGUUUGUUUGAAAGAUUUUUGAAGGUAGAUGAUGAUCACAGGCUUAUGACCUGCUCUGAUACCAUGUGAAAUUAAUGAUCAAUGAUGUUUUGCUUUCUGUAUAUGAUUCUAAGAUUACAAGUGACAUUAUUUGUUCAUAUAUACACAAUUUAUUCAACUGUUGCCUAAGCUCUAUUCUAACGGUUGUCCUAGGCCUAUGUCAACCUCUCUUUCUUCGUUAGGUAAGUUCGAAGUGACCUUUCCUUCAAGGUAAGAAAGGUGCUCCCUUUCCUGCGAGUUUUCGAGAAAAAGCUUGUACAAGCUUUCUGCUUGUAUAGUCUCUGAAACUCCCUUUCUUGAUAGCAUGUGCAUUCUUCUGUUUUGGUUUUCAUUCUUCAACAUCAUUCUUCAACACACUAAAACAAAGUACAAAAGAAAUUGUUUUUGUUGCUGAAUUGGGUGAUACUUAAAAAACAAAUGCCUCACUUCUACUUCACUUGUAAUUCAGAUAAUAUAGAAUCCUUUGUUGCGGAAUUACUGAGAAAGAAAAAUCAAGAUGAUGGUGUUCUAAGUAUAUCACUUGACGAUGGAAACAGAUCGUCAAUGUCGAGCAUAGCUGCCAACAAAGAUGAAAGCGACUGUUUAGCAGCUCUGAAAUCAGAUUAUGAAAAGCUUCCUGAUCGUCUCAAGUGCUGCUUUGAGUACUGCUGCAUCUCCAUCAGAUACUCUAUGGAGAAGGGGAAACUAAUUCGGCUUUUGUUGGCUGAACGUCUAAUACAGGAAAAGAAUGGGAGUAUCAUGGAGGAUAUAGCUGCCAGCAUAAUUACAGAAUUAAUUGGCAUAGGAAUGCUUCAAGAAGAACAAGAUGGAAGUGGGAAUAUUCUUCAAGUGCCCAGCUUGCUUCGCCAAUUGUCUCUUAUUAAAACAGAGAAACAAGAUUUUGUCACUAACCCUGCAAAUUUACUCUUGCGUCUGGUAAUCAGGGACCAUGGUAAAGGCAUCCCUUCUAGCUUGAAAAGUCUUUUAAUUCGAUCUCUGUUCAUGGUGACUGCUGAACGCUGUGGAUCUUCUUCCUUUGAAUCUGAAAGUGGCAUUUCUGGGGCCUCCAUGGAAACUAUAUGCGGAUUUCAAUUUCUGUUGGUGUUGGAUGUGGAUGGUAAAAUAGAAUAUUUACCCAAUGAAAUAGGGGAUUUGGUUCACCUGAGAUAUUUAGGCUUGGAAAACUCAGAUCUGAAUGAGCUUCCACAGGCUUUAGGCAAUCUUCAGAAACUUCAAACUUUGGAUAUAAGAAUGUGCGGAUGGCUGCAUGAACUACCAAUUGAAGUUCUGAGAAUUAAACAGUUGAGGCACCUUCUUAUGUCCAGAAGCAUCGAAUAUGGUGAAAUUAUAGUACCCAAAGGGAUUGGUAAGUUGGUGAAUCUCCACACUUUCACUGGUGUGUAUGCUGGAGGUGGCAUUGCUAGUGAAUUGAGCACCUUAACCCAAUUACGAGAGCUUGGCGUUAAGCGAGUCAGCGAAGAUCAUGCCAGUGAGCUAUAUGCAGCCAUCAUGAAAAUGGGAAAUCUCAUCUCCUUGUCACUAGAAGCAGAGCAAAACUACUGUGAAGAUACAGAUGAAAGGUUUUCGCUUCUUCCUGAAUUUGAAUUAUUUUCCCCUCCACCUGUUCUUCAGGAGCUUUAUAUAGAUGGUGGCCUAAUUGAAAUGCCCAUUUGGCUUGCCUCCAUGUCAAACCUCACCACUUUAAAUUUAUUCCACUCUGACCUACAAGAGAUGCCAACUUCAGUCCUUCAGUUUCUACCCAAAUUAAAACAUCUCACUCUAUGGGAAGCCUACAGAGGAAAGCAAAUUGGUAAAGAUUUCUGCCAAGCAGGUGGGUUCCGGGAGUUGAAAACUCUUACAAUUGCUUCCAAGUUUCUAGUGGAAUGGACAGAGAUUGAAAAUGAAGCAUUUCCAAAAUUAAAAUGUCUUAGUUUUCGUUGCUGUUUAGAGUUGAGAUUUCUUCCUGAAGGUUUACAAAACAUUUCUACACUUGAGGAACUAGCUUUGAUUCCUAUGCAUGAAGACCUUGCUUGGAGAUUAAUCAAUGAAGAAAAUUACAAGAUCAAGCAUAUCUCAAAACUCAGGGCUUGCUAUCGACAAAAAUUUUGCGGGAUUUUCGUAGGAGAUCCGAAGGAUGUGUUGUUGAGCGCCUGACUUUCCCUAUAAUUCUCCAAGUGAAAGAUAGUUUAACAAGUUAUCUUACGCAGGUGCAAGUAGCUGUAAGGAGCACUUAGUGCCUUACUCCAACUGAAAAUACUUGGUAUUAAGCGUGUCUCUGAUGACCAUGAUUGGGAUCUAGCUGCAAGAAUCAAGAAGAUGUCAAAACUUGUCUCCUUGUCAUUACAAUUACAAGCAGAGGGAAGUUUCUGUGACGGCACACAAUUUCCUUCCUCAAAUGGAACAAUUUUCUCCUGCAACGCUUCUCCAGGAGCUUAGAUUAAUUGGUGGACUAGUUAAAAUUACCGGUUGGAUUUCCUCCAUGGAAAACCUCACCACUAGGUUUAUUUUACUCGAGGCUACUGGAGAACCCCCAAGUCAGUCCUUCAUUUUCUUCCAAGAUUAAAACAUCUCACUCGAGGGGGUGCCUAUAGGUGGUUUCGCGAAGCUGGAAACUCCCCAUAUUGGAUCUGCCACUCUACUGCAGUGGGCUGAGAUUGUCGAAGGAGUUUUUCCAAGUUGAAGGGCUUUUUUCUGGGUGGUUACAGGUUGAGGUUUCUUCCUGAAAGUUUACAGAAUAUUUCUACUCUUCAAGAAUUGCAUUUGUUUAGUAUACAUAAAGAUCUUGCGAGCAACUCAAUGGUGAAGAGAAUUAAAAGAUUAAGAACAUUUCAGAGUGAUAAUCUAUUGACCAUAUCAAAACAUGAAAGCAGGUGUAAGGAUGUGAGGUUUUUAUGUUAAAUCUUUAUUCUCCCUUGUCAUCUCUGCUUCAAGUCCAGGGAAUAUGACAUUAGGCACUUAUUCUUUCUUUUUUUCUUGUUUUUGAAGUGACGUUUCCCUAUUUCUAUUAAAAUCAGGUAAAAUAAGAAGCCAUGAUAAAAAAAUUUAUCUCUUGCAGAAUGAAUUGCUUUUCCUUCAUGGAUACUAGUCUUGCAAUUCCUUUUGAUUCUUAAAUAUCAUCUCAUCAUUAAGUUGGUUUCUACUUUA